AUGUUUCAGUGGUUUACAUCUUGGUUCAAAUCAGAACCAGUGAGUCCAGAGUUGAAGAAAGAUAUCGAAUCAACUAUUAGUUCAAAUAAAGUGGUUGUUUACUCUAAGAGUUACUGUCCUUAUUGUUCUUCAACUAAAGACUUGUUGUCCAAAUAUAAUCAAAAUUUCAAGUUGAUUGAAUUAGAUACAUUAAGUAAUGGGUCAACCAUCCAGAAUGCUUUACAAGAAAUAACUGGUCAACGUACUGUUCCAAACAUUUUCAUUAAUGGAAAACACAUUGGUGGUAAUUCAGAUCUUCAAACUUUAAACUCCCAAGGAAAAUUACAAUCUCUUCUCAACUAG